ACAAAUAGGACUACUUAGAGGGUUCAGCAGCGCGUUGGCUUAACGAAUUGGUUGCUUCAAAGGGAUUCGGCAGAAACAUGGGUGAUUGGGCUCAGACCCACACUCUAGAGAGCUUUAUGGACUUGGUAGAGGCGCGGUGGCACAACCCUUGGCAGGCGCAGAUAGCCACUGAUGGGUUACUGAAACUUGAUGCUAGGAAGUACAAGUCUGUGCGCGAACUCACCACGACUGUAAAGCAGUUGAUUGUCGUCCCAAGCGUGGAGUACAAUCCACAGGUCUUAUUGACCAUGUUCUUGAGACGUCUUCCCAAAGACAUGAAGAACUUACUGGCCAGUGAGGCUCGGUUAGAGUAUCACACCUUUGAGACAUUCAGCAAGAAGGCCCUAGAUUUAGAGGCUACGCAGGGUGGUGCUCAAACCCCGCCUACGGACGGAAGAAAGAAGAAGGUUCCACAAGAAUCGAAGAAAAAGGGUAGUCGAUUGAUGAUGGUUGAUUCCGAUGGGAAUCAAACUGAGAUCGAUGAUGUUUCUGAGCUUGUGGAGAAUGCAGAGUUAGACGGCGAGGAUAGUGUUGAGGGUAGCAACCUCGCCGCAGCAAUUAAGACUAAGGCAGGUGGCCCCGGCAAGGGCGGUCGGCAAAGGAGUCAGGGGCAAGCCGCCAAUGCAAACAAAAUAGCUCCUUGGGUUAGGGCCGGUUUGGAUCAGGAAGUGUGGCACGACCGUUGGCAGUGUGGUGCUUGCAUAAACUGCGGCGAGUCUGACCAUCAACAGUUUAAGUGCAAGAAUUUGAAUGUCUCGCAGAAGAUCCCUCCUAAGGGUGGGCCAUUUGUUGUAACCACUGACGCAAGCCAAUAUGGCAUUGGCACAGUGCUGGCUCAGCAGGAAGGGAAAAAGUUGAGACCGGUCGAGUAUAUGAGYAAAAAGAUGCCAUCAAAGAAGUUGGCAAAGUCCACCUACGAGAGGGAACUCUAYGMUCUCUACAAGGCACUUGUCCACUGGAGGCACUAUCUGUUAGGAAGGUUCUUCUACUUGAGAACUGACCAUCAAACCCUCAAGUGUAUCAAGACCCAACCAGUUCUCUCCAAUGCACUCAAACGCUGGAUUGAAGUCAUAGAUCACUAUGACUUCAAACUAGACUAUGUGAAGGGAGAGUACAACAAGGUUGCGGAUGCGUUAUCUCGCAAGGCAAAUUACCUAGGUGCGCUGAUUUCUGAGCUUGGCUUAUCUGAGGACAAUACUCGAUCUUUGGGGGAAGCCUACAAGGAAGAUCCCAUCAAGAUGGACACCAUCAAUAAUCUGCAGGCCAAAGACAAGGCCACCACUGACGAGUUUGUGAUGGUGGAUAAGUUACUCUUUCUUGAAAAGGCAGGGUUUAAGAGCGGACUGUCGAACGCAUCAAGAAAUCUCAGGAAGCCAUUGUUGCAGCGGACUGUCGAACGCAUCAAGAAAUCUCAGGAAGCCAUGAUUGCUUCUGAGAACAAACGUCGCCGACAGUCCACAUUUCAGGUAGGGGAAUGUGUCUGGGUCAAGGCUAGUGAGUUGGGACAGGAGUUCGGCAUCUCUAGGCAACUACUGCCUCAGUAUUUUGGUCCCUGGGAAGUCUUAGACAUUGUGGGUCAUGAUUUGGAUGGUCCCUCGUACGUCAUUCGUAUCCCUGGUCACAUACUCACUUACCCUGUUUUUCACGCCUCCAAGCUUGCACCUUUCGCUGAGACAGCACAGUUCCCAUCACGGAGAUCUAUGCUGACCCCAACCACGGAUGGCCACGUGGACGUCGAUGAUAUCCUGGACCACACAGACAUGCCUGUUCCCAAGUCAACUAGCAGGGGUAGACCUCCUAAACCUGCAAGGGAGUACAAAGUACAUUUCAGGCAUCAUACUGAUCCUAAGGAAGAUCGAUGGAUUUCAAGGGAGGAACUUGUCAAGACAGCUCCUCAGAUCGUGGCAGAAUAUGAGAAGAAACUGAAGGGUAAGGCACCAGCAUGAAGCAUCUCAGCGGACUUUCGAAGCUUAGGGGGAUGGAAUGCGAGGAACAAGCCCUCACGGAGCCCUAUCAGACAUCACAUGUU